CAAACUCGAUAGUUUUCAACAAUUCACCUGACCCAUAUUUGAGAAAUCAGAUGAUUAUAUGGUCGACUUAUCGGUUGAUGAACCGGCGAUCGCCAAGCUCAUUGUUUGAAUAUCGAUCGAGCUGAAUAUGACCCCCCUUUCCCUACCUAAGCUCACUGGAUGCCUACUCGUCCCAAUAACGGGCACUACUACAAGUAUUCGUACAGCCGCACCGAAAACCGGUCCCCCUACUAUCGGCUAUGUUUUUGCUCGCAUCAUGUUUGUGGGGACAUAUGUGCAUAUAACCACAAAGGAUGUAUCUGUAAGCAAUGUUGCCUGUCACCACGGGUUCCUGAAAACACCAGGAAACUCCUCACGCGCGGGAAGGUAUAUGAAAUUGCGGGUAAAUAUGAUAUUGAUGGCUUGAAGGAUCUCAGUAUAGAGAAGUUUGGUACUACCUGCGAGCAUUUCUGGAGUGACGCCAAGUUUUCUGUCGCUCCCGACCAGGCCUUCUGCACCACCUAGAAAACAACAAGAUACUUCGGGACAUCGUGUACAACACCCUCUCCGGCCAUUGCAAACUGAUCAAGAAGGCGGAGGUCAAGGCGCUGAUGAUCAAGUUCAAUGACCUAGCAUUUGGCUUGCUCAUGUAAGACUUGAACAGUGCGGCUGGUAAGCAGACAUGGUCACUUACUGCCAUUGUCGUCGACUUCCCC